AGCAGCAGUCUGGUACGGAGCUGGUGGGGGCCGGAGAGAGAGAGAUGGAGAGGGAGAAGGACGCAGUGUGGGCGGGUUAAGAAACGCCGAGAGGGAGGGGACGUCAGCGUAAUAUUCCUACCGUCUUUUUUUUGGUCCCGUUCCUCCUCCGUAGAGCCGAAAAAAGAAAAAAAAAAACAAGGGCAUCCGUCGGUGUCUUCAUCCUCCUCGCAUCUCAUCACACAGCCUGGGAGAUAAACCCUCCUGUCCGGGUCUUGGGUUGUUGAGAACAUCCGCCUGUGUGCGUCUCCACCUGGAGGACUGGGUCGUUUGCAGCCUGCGGGGGGAUUGCCGUGCUGUGCCGAGCGGCAGGGGCGUGAGAGGCGGAUGCUGCGAGCGUAGAGGCAGGGUACCAACCAGGAGCAUCACCGCACUCAGCACGAUGGACAGAAUGAAUUUUCUCUCCUUCCUCCUCCUUUGCUUGACUUCGGUUGCCAUUGGCAACAAAGCCAAUAAGCACAAGCCAUGGAUCGAGACAGAGUACCAGGGGAUUGUCAUGGAGAACGACAACACCGUGCUGCUCAAUCCCCCUCUCUUUGCCCUCGACAAAGAUGCUCCACUUCACUACGCUGGUGAAAUUUGUGGCUUCCGGGUCCAUAAUGGCCCCUCGGGAUCCAGUUCGGUCCAGUUUGAAGCUGUGGUCCUAGACCGCUCCACCGGUGAGGGUCUGGUUCGGUCCAAGGAGCCGCUGGACUGUGAGAGCCAGCGGGAGCACAGCUUCACCAUCCAGGCCUACGACUGCGGAGAGGGACCUGAUGGAGUCAACAGCAAGAAAUCCCACAAGGCCACCGUGCACGUUCGCGUGAACGACGUCAACGAGUUUUCCCCCGUGUUUGUUGAGCGUCGCUACGAGGCCUCUGUCCCAGAAGGGCGUCUGUUUGACCGAAUCGUACGCGUGGAGGCUCUGGAUGCCGACUGCUCCCCGCAGUACAGCCAGAUUUGCUUCUAUGACAUCAUCACUCCCAAUGUGCCCUUUGCUAUUGACAACGAUGGAAACAUUAAGAACACAGAGCCGUUGGAUUCAAAGCGGCAGCGCGUUCACACCUUCUGGGUGACAGCCUUCGACUGUGGAAAGAACCGCGCUCAGGCUGACGCUCAGGUUGUUGUCACGGUCAAGCCGUCCUGCAAACCCGGCUGGAUCGGAUGGACCAAGCGUGUAGAGUACACCCCUGGGUCAGGCAGCAUCCCUCUGUUCCCCAGCCUGCAUUUGGAGACCUGUGAAGAGACCGUGUGGAACAUCCAGGCCACCGUAGAGCUCCAGACCGGCCACAUCGGGAAAGGCUGUGACAGAGACAGCUACUCCGACAGAUCUGUGCGACGUCUGUGUGGUGCUGUCAGGGGCGAAGUCGACCUGCUCCCACCUCCAUCUCCUGCCGCUAACUGGACUUCAGCGCUGCCCACUCUCCCGUCUUCCGACUCAUCUCUGAUCUUCUCCUUCAACGGCUCCAACCACGUCGCUGUCGUGCCCGAUUCGGUUGUGUCCGCACUAUCCGGCGACCACUUCACCCUCCAGCUGUGGAUGCGCAGAGGUGGUGCCAACAUCCAGCCUGCGACCACGCAAACCAGAGGAAAUCGCAAGGAGGAGGAGACUAUUGUCUGCAGCACCGUCAGGAAUGAUGACUCCUUCUCCCAUUACUCCCUCUCCGUCCACGGCUGCCGCCUCUCCCUCUUCUACUGGCCCGACGUCUCAGCCGCUCGCCCCGUCAAGUUCUUGUGGAAACUGGAGCAGGUGUGUGACAGCGAGUGGCAUCAUCUUUCACUCAGCGUCCAGUUCCCAUCAGUGACCCUUUACGUGGAUGGAGUGACCUUUGACCCCGCCCUCAUCCACGACAACGGAGCCAUCCCGAACCCCGCCCCGCGUCAGCGCAUGUUCAUCGGUGCCUGCUGGGAGCCUGAGGAGAAGCAGAAGGAGAUACUAAACAACACCAUCCCAGAGGUGAAGUAUGUUGGCAGUUACCAUGGCCUGUUGUCUGGGGUGACGGUGCGUCCUGGCAGCGUGGAGCCUCACAGCGUGGUCGAGUGCCUGUACGCAUGCAGGGAGGGGCUGGACUUUGGCGACCUGGAGACUUUGGGCUCUGGCAUGAAGGUUCAUGUGAACCCCAGCCAGUCUGUGUUAGUGCUGGAAGGAGACGACAUCGAGAGCUUUAACCGUGCAGUGCAGCAGGUCACGUACAGAAACUCUCUACGCUUCGCCACCCCUGGCGUUCGUCCGCUCAAGCUUACCACCUCCCUCAGAUGUUUCAACGAGGAGAGCUGCCUGUCCCUGAAGCAGCUCGAAGGAUACUUGGUGGUUCUUCAGCCUGACGCUCCUCAGAUCUCUCUGUCUGGGGUUGGGCCGCAUCUGGCCCGUCCAGCUCCUGAGUUCGAAGGUCCCCGCGGCGUCCCUCUCUUCCCCGAACUCCGGAUCGUCUGUUCCCUGUCUCAUGCUGUCAACACAGCUGCACAAGGGAUGGAAGGUGGAGCUCUGAUGUCCGAUGCUGUCGCUCACACUUUGGAUGGCUGUGAGGUCCAACCACUGGGGGAGGAGCUAAAUCCAGAGAGAGAGGAGCUUCUGGUAGACAUGGAUGUUGUGCGAGAGAGAGGACUAGAAAUCAUCAAUACUACUGCUUAUAUUGCCAUCACAGGUGCUGAAUCUAUCUCUGUGUAUGAGGACGUCCUUCGCUCUGUCCGCUACCGACUGGCUAAAGGCUCAGCUCGCUUUGAGAGACGAUUCCGCCUGUCCUGUUCUGAGAUGAAUGGCAGAUACACCAGCAACGAGCUGACUCUGGAGGUGAACUUCCUCCACUCUUUGGACAGUCUGUACCACCCAUCCCACCUGCUCGCUUCCCAGCAGCAGUUCCUCCAUCCGUCCCACCAUGCUGGAGAGUUGAGUGGACACACCCUACCUAAUCCACAUCGCAACUCAGGUGACUAA